GUGAAGACUAUCUCGGAUGCUCCUGCGGCAGAUUGGCCUGUUCGGGAGCUUUGUACUCCAAGGCGGAGCAGCGAAACGGGCUUGUGCAGGAUUUUCGAGCUGCAGCAGCAGUGGUAGUGCUUUCCAUCUUCGAUCUCCCGCGGGGUCCUUAUUGCGCCGCACUUCCUCCAACCGAUUAGCGAUGUCAAGCACUUCGGGUGUCGAGCAACAAACAACCAAGGUUGUUGGAGGAAUCAAGGAACUGUGUGAUUCGUACGAUGGGUUCAUCCUUGACCAGUUCGGUGUUCUCCACGAUGGCAGAGAUGCCUUGCCCGGCGCAGUGGAGUGCUUGGAAGAGCUGCGGAGCCAGGGCAAGCGGUUGGUGAUCCUCAGCAACACCUCGAAGAGGGAGGACUUCACGAUGGCGAGGCUGCCCAAGUUCGGGUUCCGACGAGAGUUGUUCGAUGGCGGAGUGACGUCAGGGGAGGAGGGCUACCAGCAUCUCGUACAGAACGGGCUCGUCGGGGGAAAGGCUGUGCUGCUGGGAUGGAACGGCGAAGAUUCGGACGGCUUGUUGGCGGCGCUGUCCCUCGACUACUCGUCACCGAAAGAAGCGACGUUCCUGCUCUGCCACGGGCCUGACAACAUCGUGGACGACACGGGCGCAACGCGCACCGACACGCGCAACACCGGCAAGGUCGAGCCUUACGAAGCCGUCUUUCAGGCGGCGAUCGAGCGAGACUUGCCCAUGUAUAACGUUAACCCCGACAUCACGGUCAACAACCCGCAAGGAGGGUUGUGGCACAUGCCGGGGCUGCUCGCCAAGAGGUACGAGGCGAUGGGAGGGAGAGUCACCUACUUCGGCAAGCCGCACAAGGAGCACUACGACACUGCGGUGGAGAAGAUGGGUCUGGGAAACGACAGGGUGGUUCAUGUAGGUGACAGCCUUGCUCACGAUAUUGUCGGAGCUUCUUCCGCCGGGUUGGAUAGCGUCUUCAUCGCGGGCGGCAUCUGCGGGGAGGAGCUGGGUAUCGACGCCAAGGCCGACAAGUCGACGUUUAACCUCUCCCCGGACGCGCUCGAGAGGGCUUUCUCACGGGAAAACGUAACGCCGACGUGGACGAUGCCGCUGUUUGCUUUGUAAUAUUGUCUCGCGCGGAACAACCUUUUGGUUGCCCUUUCUGGCAUUUACUGUAGAUUUGCUUAUUGUUCUUGUUGGUGGUU